AUUCAUUUAGUUGCAAGAAUGGCUGAAAAGAUCUCGAUAGAAAAUGACGAUGAUUUGCUACAGAAAUGUAUUGGGGUGUUUGGUAAAGAUUGGGUGAAGGGUGAUGACCCAAUUGGCAGUGGGGGUUUUGGCACAGUUUACCUGGUGAAAUCUUUGAGAGACAACAGUGAACCAAAAUAUGUUGUGAAAGAAAUUCUAGUCUUUGAAAGCAAGGAACAGGAAAGUCUUGUGAAAAGCUUUGAAAACGAGACAAAAAUAUUGAAGACACUUCGCUGCCACAAAUCAUUUGUUCCGUUUCUUGGAGCAAGUAAAUGUGAAAAGAGCUUGUCAAUUUUUAUGGAAUACAUGAAACUGGGCUCGCUGAGAAAAUAUGCGGAAAGAAAAAAUAGCUUGGGAGAAGAAGAAACAAGAUGUUUUACAAGACAGAUUUUAGAAGGACUGGCUUUUUUACAUAAAAAUAAAAUUAUACAUCGCGAUGUGAAAGGGGACAACGUGUUAAUGGAAGAUGAAAAACAUGUCAGACUUACAGACUUUGGGAUUUCAAAAAUUCUCCACGAGGUUUCUAGUACAUCAACGUCAGGUGUCGGCACGGAAAGAUGGAUGGCACCAGAGGUCAUGAAUACACAAGCAAGCAAAUCUAAAUACAACGAGAGGGCUGAUAUAUGGUAA